CGCCACUUCUCAAUCAAGUAAGGGGACGAGCGCAGUGAUGUGCACUUACAUGUGAGCGUCUCUGUCACUUUAGUAUGAGUUUAAACUGAAACAACACACCGUGGAAACAUGUCUGUGGCUUUAUCGCGCUGUCUCUGCAGGGCUCUGUCCCGACAGACCGCCCCGUUAAGCCUCCUAUCGGGAGAACAUCAUCAUGCUGUACAGAGUCCUUGGUUUGCCCCAGUGAUGACACUGAAGACAUCUGCUCCACUGAGAGCGGAGCCCAAAAAGAAAAAGAAAGUGGACCCAAGAAGGGAGCAGCUACUAAGAGACAGACUGAAAAAAAAGUUGAAGAGGCUCGAGAAAGUUCCACCUGAAUAUAUCCCUAUAGAGGACUUCAUUACUCCAGCCAAAUGCAAGGAUGAAACAAGGGAGCGCUCUAUUCCAAGCUUGUCAUUUGAAGAAAAGGAAGGUCGAGCCCUGCUGCUGAAGGAGUGGAGUCAUUACAAACGGGAGCAACACAUGGCUGAAGUGAAGGCUAUUGAACUUGCUCUGGAAGCACAGAGGGAGGCACUGGAGGAGCUGAAGCUGGAGUCUGAGGAGCUAUACCAGGCAGCACUGAAGCCAGACCCUCUUCUGUUUCCCUUCAGUCAUGAAGGUCCUGUAAACACACCGCCAAAGACCCAGUAUGAUGCUCCUGAUGGGAAAUACAACGACAUCACUAGAGUUUACACUCAGUGAUGGACAGGGAACAGCUGUGGCUGCAGCCUGUGUGUACUGUUGUUUAUGUAGUGUGUGUCCUCAUUUGUACAUGAUUAAAUAAGCCAAGACGCAGCAUUCUAACAGUCUGCAGAUGUAGGUGUGCAAAACACCUUGCACACGUUUUCUUUUCUUGAAUUAUCAUCAAGAGUGUAAGGCUUAAAGUCACAUCAGUUCUAUUGUUUCUGUAUAAAACGCAACAACGUUCAUGGAAAUUAUGCAUUGAAUUUUUUCUUUUCAUUUUCACAACUCUGUAUAAAAUAAGAAAGAAAACUGAAAAUUAAAAUGUGAGUUUUUUUAUUGAUCAAA